AGUCCGACGGCGAGCGUGUUGGUCGCCGCGUCCGCGAAAAGUCACUGUUUGCGAUCGUCUUCCGAAUGACAAACGCACUACGAGAGUCGUGUCGUAGAUUACAUUCGACUGAACCGCACCGUCUGGUCAGGUGUACCGUGUUGUACAGCCAACGUAUAUUUUAAUUUCAUAAUAUUAUCAUACAAUUCGUAAAUCGUUAGAUAAGUAUUGCAAAUAUAAUAUUAUAACAAUAUGAUAUUGACCCAGUCGCAUCUUUAUUUUCGGCGCUAACGAUCGGUAUCGAUAUAUUAUACGCWCAUUUUAUGCAAUAAGUGUUAAUUUUUUUUUAAAUAGAUGCAGUGUGCAUCAAACGUAUAGUGUAAUCGAUUUCGUUUUUUUUUUUUUUAAUUCUAUACCGUUCCAAAUGUCGUACGAUGACGUACUACAGCAAUUUCGGUAGUGUCGGCGUGCACAAAACCGCCGUUAAACACAACGGAGACGUAAUCGCUUGUCAUAAAUGUGGCGGAUAUAAGGUGGUAAACCAUGUGGGCAGAAUGAGUCGUGGCCGAAGAAAACUGUUGGUGUACGGGCUUUUCGUCGGCACGUUACUGUUGCUGGCGUACAAGUUGCGCACGUGUCCCGAACCCGAUCCCCAAACCAUGUUCAUGAUACCGAAAGACAAAUUUGUUACCGACGAAAACAUGAAGAUCUACUCUUAUGAUCGAAACAUGCCACUAAUAUUCAUCGGUGGCGUUCCCAGAUCCGGUACUACGCUUAUGAGAGCCAUGUUGGACGCUCAUCCGGACGUCCGGUGUGGCCAGGAAACUCGAGUGGUGCCAAGAAUCCUACAAAUGCGCAAUCAUUGGUACAAGUCGUCCAAAGAGUCACUUCGGCUGAAGGAAGCCGGAGUUUCUGAAGAAGUCAUCAACUCCGCGGUUGCUUCUUUCAUACUCGAAGUUAUAGCCCGACACGGGGUACCGGCACCCCGACUGUGCAACAAAGAUCCUCUGGCAUUGAAGUCCAUGGACUAUCUGAAGGUGUUGUUUCCUAACGCCAAGUACAUAUUCAUGGUUCGCGACGGCCGAGCAACUGUCCAUUCGAUAAUAUCGCGUAAAGUGACAAUCACCGGUUUCGACUUGAACAGCUAUAGACAAUGUCUGGAAAAAUGGGACGACGCCAUUAGUGUCAUGUACAAAAACUGCAAUAAAGUCGGGUCUGGGUACUGCCUGAUGGUGUACUAUGAGCAAUUGGUGUUGAGACCUCGGGCCACGUUGACUGAGAUUCUCAACUUCUUGGAUAUCCCGUGGAACGAGACAGUACUCCACCACAAUGAAAUGAUCAACAAGCCUGGAGGGAUCGCUCUUUCUAUGGUGGAACGUUCAUCGGACCAAGUGGUCAGGCCGCUGUACCAAGAAGCGUUGACCAAAUGGGUUGGUCAAAUACCCGAUGACGUGGUAAACGACAUGGCAAAUAUCGCGCCAAUGUUGAGCACGCUUGGGUACGACCCGGCCGCCAAUCCACCCACAUAUGGCAUCCCAGAAAACGAGUCUGCUCCAGAGCAUCAGUAUGAAUCAAGUGCCAGUGGAGAUACGAUGCACACCACCACGCAGAACAGGAAGCGGUAGUCGAAAUUUAUGUUAUACAUAUUUUUUUUUUUUCAUAUCUCUUAUUAUUGUAAUCGUUUAAAUAUUGUGAACAAUGUACA